AUGUGGAUGCCUCCAAUGCUGGCCGGCAAAGGCGCAUUCAUGGUAGACACCCUACAAGUUCACGAAGUGCCGAUCGUCUUGCAGAGAGUGGUUCGUGAUAGCACAGGUCUCACUGAGCUGCACGUCCUCUCGACCUCGUGGGCAGAUGCUGUGGAGAACGCGAAUAUUUUCUGCUCCCGCUGGUCCUGCUCCCCGUCAGCUCUGCGAUCCCUUGCAGAGCAGCUGGAGGAGGUGCAGACUGGGCUGGCAGGUGGACAGCGCAGGGGGUCGGGAGGGAGGGAGCAGCUGAACUUGGCAAAGUUUCUCUUCCCUGAGUGCCCCAAAUCUUUCUGGGAGGAGAGAGGUGAGGGAGUGGAGGAGCAGCAGAUUUCUGUAGUAGUCCCGUCGCACAACCAUGCUCCCUUCGUCGUCACUGCUCUGCUCAGCCUCAACGAGUCAGCUCGCUACAUGUGGGAGAGACGCUGCAAGGACGGAGGACGCUGUCUCCCGGUGGAGGUGCUGGUGGUGGAUGACGCAUCCACGGACGAGACGAGCAGGAGGGUGGCUGAGUUCCAGCAGCGAUGCCAGCUGACCUCGAGCAGGUGGAUGAGGGUGAGGAGCGUGAGGAACAAGCGGCGGCUGGGAGCUGCGAGGUCGAGGAACAUCGGAGUGGAGGAGAGUACCGGCAACUUCAUCUUGUUCUUGGACGCGGACGACAUCGUCUUGCAGGGGCACCUCCUACUUCUCGCGGCGGCGAUCGCGUCCAACUCAUCCUUCCUUGCUGUCCGCAGCAGGAUCCAGCUUUGGGAUGCGGAGGCCGGGAGGAGCUUGAUGGAGGAGGUGAGCUGGCGAUGGAAGGAGGCGAUAGAGCGCGGAGCACCGACGAACCUGGUAGUUAGGAAGGAGGCGCACCAGUGCGUAGGAGGCUUCCCUGCUGACCUCCCUCGCGGUGAAGACAUGGUCUACGCUCAGAAAAUCGAGCUCCUCGCCUCGCACGUUGGCGGGGUCCUCGCAAAAGUGCAGGAGGAAACAGUCAGGUACAACAGACGCGCUGGCAAUAGCCUCGACCGACAACGUGACAAGUUUGCUGUAUAA